UCGACAUUUGGGGGAUCAAGCAACAGAACUCGCAGGACUUUUGAGUUUUGACGCCUUCGCUCCGGGUGUAGUAAGAUACAAGAGUAGGCUUUCUUCUUCGUUGAAACGUGGAACAGCGAUGUGCCAAAAGAGCCAACGUCUGAUGUUUGGAGGCUGGAUGGAGUUGGGAGACUCGCCGGGAUGGAGAAAUGGAAAUUUGGCGGGGAGUGGCGGUGAAAAUGGGACUUUAAAAGGGCAAAAUUUACGAGCCUGACAAUUAAUGGUGUCUGUUUCUCAACCAUGAAAGACUGAGACAGCAAGAAAAAUGAAUAAUGCACUUGCGUGACACAUUCGUGGGCCCCUUUUCUCAGCCAAGGCCAUUAGAGGGAGACUGUGAUAUAAAAUUAAAUUGCACCUCGAAUUAUUGCAUACCAAAACCUUAACCAGUUAUAGAUAAUGAUGAAAUAAGAAAUUAGCAUGUUACAUUAAAAUGCACCAGUCGCCUAUGCAAAUGCAAGUAAGUUUUACUCUGAUGAAUUACAAUUGAACUCAUCAAAAGCGGGAGGAAUUGAUAGUUCAGAUGGACUCCGUCAAAAUUUGAUGACAGGGACAGUUCCCUAACGUUUUGUCAUGUCCCGAUCAACAGUUGUCUUGAAAUUCCUGGAAUGACCUGGUUCAGAUCUGCAGAUAACUGGUAAUUCAAUCCAACCUCAACUAGUAGCAAUCCGCUCCACAUGUAAUUCUUCUUAUUCAUCUUUCUACUCGACGCAUUGUUGAACUAGCUGGCAAAAAAGUGGUGUGCCCCAAAUACCAAUGAGGUGAUUGGCCAUUGUCUCAUCUUGUUAUCUCUUUGUACAGACGGUGUAAAAUAUCCAUACAGGAUUGCCUGAAGGUGUACGAGUGCAUACCUGUCGUUGGUUGCGAGAGCUCUGACUAGACUGACGGUCAAUGGACGACUGAAAGACCCACGGAUGAUGAAUCAGGAUUGGGUGUGUGUCGGAGCUCUUCUUUGAGAGUUCAUCAUCCCCGAGAUCAAUGGCAGAAUCUGCUGAAAUCGCUUCAAGGAUAUAAGAGAGAGGGAUUGCAGAUGGAAGGCAUCAUUCUGAACUUGUUCGUCCAUUGGUGAACAACAUCCCAGAACUCAAUCGAGUGGCCCUUCCCUCCCCUCUCCUCUCCUCCUCCUCCUCCUCCUCCUUCUCCUCCCCGUAUCAACAUCUGUAGAACAAGGAUGGCCUUCAGAAAGAUUGCUAGCCUGGCCCUGGUUUGCUCAGUGGUCUUGGCCGCACCUGCUCCCCAGGUAUUGACGUCCAUUGGAACUGGAUUCCCCUUCGGAACUUUGAGGGCGAUUCCUACAACUCAAGACCACCAUUUGCUUCACGACACCAGCGUCCGAACCCUUCCUUCAGUGAGAUCGCAAGCACUUCACUUGAACCAUCAAAAUGGCAUUGUUCAACAACUCAGAACUGUGCCCGUCAAUUCAAACUUCUUCAGUCAAAUCGAUCAGCAACCGCAAAUUGUCCGCACAUUAUCCGCCGCACCCGCCGCUGCUACUGUUGUUCGAGCCUCUCCCGUGCAAGAAACCCUUAUUCAAGAGGAAGAGAUCGAAGUGAUUCCUCAAGAUGCUUCCUAUAACUUUGGAUAUUCCGUGAGCGAUGCCGUCUCCGGCGAUGCUAAGACCCGUCAAGAGAGCCGUGACGGGGAUGUCGUCCGAGGAUCCUACUCGGUGGCCGAUCCCGACGGUCGUAUCCGAGUGGUUGAGUACACUGCUGACAAGGAACACGGAUUCCAAGCCCGUGUGACUUAUGACGGCGAAGAGGGACCCCCCGCCAUUCCCAUUGACACCCCUGCUGCUACUCAAACCGUAGCUAUCGCAGACUCCUCCGAUAGCUCAUCCGAUGUUGUUGUGGUUGGCGCUCGUGAUAACGCUAACGACGAGGACAUUCAGGUCAUCAGAACUGCCAAUUUGAGCACCGGAGGUCUAACUCGCUUGAAUUCUCCCGUUGUUGUGCGCAAUAAUGCCCAACACGUUCUCCAUAAUGCUCCCGUCGCCGUGCGUAGCCAUUCCAGCCAUGCAACCCAUUCUAGCCCCGUGACAUUGACUCAGUCUGGUUUCCCUGCCGCCACUCGUUUCGUCCAGAUCCAAGGCGGUCAAGGCUUUGGUGGCCUUCGAGCUAUUCCCUUCUCCAACGGCGCUCAGUUCAUUCAAAUCUAAACUGAUUGUUGCCAAACACGACCUUCCCUCAGAAUUCGACUAACUUAUCCCUGUAAAUUAUGUAAUCAUAAGACGUUGAAAUAAAGCAAAUCUUCUAGCAUCAAAGUUAUUCGCAUAA